AUGGAUAUCAUCCCCACGGAGCCCUUCAUCCAGACUCAGGUGUACGACCUGGCAAACGGUGGGGACCUGAUCUUUGAGAGGGAUCUGAUGGCCCUCUCACAAUUCCUCGGACGCUCGCCUCCCGUGUUCUACGGAGGCCAGAUCGCUGACCAAGUUGGAGGCCAACUCCAAUGGCUCAUCAUGGCUAGCCUCCCGGGGAAGCCGGAGUCCCCCAUGUUCCGCCAGAUUCAGUUCUCUCUCCGAGAGAACAACUGGGUGGAUGGACUCGCCCGCGCUCUACAGGAGGCUCUUGCUCGUCUGUGCGGGCAAAACUCGAUGGCGAUCGAAGGAGAACGUUUUGAGCACUUUGCAAGGCACUCCUCUCUCGGGCUGCCCAUCAGCCUGCCGUUCCACCCGGUGCUCAGGCACCACGUGGAUCACCUGGACUCCAUGCUGUUUGAAACCCGUGCUGAGUUGGACAACUCCCGCUCCACCGCCAUCCACACCCAGGACCAGCUAAACAAGUAUGCGGAGACCAUCAAGGUCAUCGCAAAGGAGCGUAGAACUCUCCGCCAGCUGGUCGUGAAGAGGGACUCUACCAUUCACCGUCUGAAGGCCAAGAUCGCCGUCCUGAAGGAGACCAUCGCCACUCAGGCGGAGCAGCUCCAGAUCCUCGAAGGAGAGGGAGAAGGGGAAGACAUCCAAGGGGAUGGCUACUCCUACGAGGACGAUCGGAAUUCACAUUUCGAAGAUACAGACCGUCGUAUGGCUGAAAUUCAGCUGCAGAUCGCAGGUGUCCUACGUGGGCCAGAAGAAGCCGGGGAAGAUGGAGAGGUAGCUGACAAUGAUAAGGGCUCAUCUCCUUCAACCGCGGCGCGGUUGACAUCGGAGCGCCUACAAUGGUGGGCGCUCGUCCUUGUGAACAUCGUGUUCGUCGUCGCUGGAGAGAGCGUGGCGACGCUCCUCGGCAGGAUCUACUACGACCAGGGUGGCGCUAGCUUGUGGAUGGCGACGGUGGUGCAGUCCUGCGGCACGCCCCUCGCCAUCCCGCUGCUCCUCUACUUCCGUCGGCCCAAGUCCUCCACGGUGGCCCGGCCGCCGCUCCGAAAGAUAUCGGCGAUCUACGCCGGUUUCGGGGUCCUCCUGGCCGGCAGCAACUUGAUGCACUCCUACGGCCUUCUGUACCUGCCAAUGUCCACGUACUCUCUCAUCUGCGCGACCCAGCUCUCCUUCAACGCCGUCUUCUCCUACUUGCUGAACAAGCACAAGUUCACCGCCCUCGUACUCAACUCCGUCGUGGUGAUCAGCUUCUCCGCCGCGCUCGUCGGCGUGGGCCACGCCUCUGACGGGACCAACAGCAGCGUGCCGCAGGGGAAGUUUCUGGCCGGGUUCUUGCUGGCGCUGUCGGCAUCCGCGGUCUUCUCCCUGGUCCUGUCCUUGACGCAGCUCACGUUCGACAAGGUGCUCAGGAGCGGCACCUUCCACGACGCGGUGAAGAUGCAGUUCUGGAGCAACACCGCCGCGGCCUGCGUGUCGGUGGCCGGGCUCUUCAUCUCGGGGGAGUGGAGCACGCUGGCCGGGGAGAUGCAGGGUUACAAGAAAGGCAAGGUGUCCUACGCCAUGAAUCUGGCAUGGACGGCCAUAUCGUGGCAGCUGACCAUGACGGGCAUGAUGGGGCUCGUCGCGGCGGUGUCGUCGCUCUUCACCAACGUGAUCAGCACCGCGGGUAUGGCUCUGUCACCAGUCAUCGCGGUUAUCUUUCUCCGUGACCGGAUGGACGGGACCAAGGUUCUAGCAAUGCUCAUAGCUGUAUGGGGGUUCUUGUCGUACGUUUACCAGAGCUACCUUGAUGGUGUCAAGCUUAAGAAGAUACUACCUAGCUGCGAAAGCCGACCACAAACAACAGCCCGCGGAACGUGA